AUGAGCAACAAUCCUAAUGAGCCUCCGGUGAUGCCCGGGAGUCUUCCGCUUAUUGGACACGCGUUGUAUCUGCUUGGAGAUAGUAGCCAACUGUGGGAUAUAGUUAAAGAUGUGUCGUACAAAUGUCUUGCCAAGGGUGGUGUUGUUGCUGCGACGAUUGGCCCUAGAACAGUAUAUAUUGUCACCGACCCUGAUGAUGCUCUAACAGUUGUGAACAACUGUUUACAAAAAGAUCGAUUUUACGAUUUCGCUAAGCCUUGGCUGGGAGAAGGACUUGUGACUGGAGAUUUGUCGAUUUGGAGAAAUCAUCGUCGUUUGUUGAAUCCAGCUUUCAGCCAAGUGGUUCUGGACAGUUUCAUUGGAGUUUUCAAUAGCCAAUCACGUCGCUUGGUUGAAGCGCUUGACAAGGAAAUAGCGAAGGGACCAUUCGAUCACUGGGUAUAUACCAGACACAACGCCUUGGAAACUAUAUGUUUGACAGCUUUAGGAGUCGACUUCACUGAAAAGGCGGUCCUUAACAGCGAAUACGUGAAAGCGGCUGAAGUCAUAUUCAACGUGAUUGUGGAGAGAUUCCAAAAGUUCUGGCUUCACAGCAAACUGCUGUUUAAAUGGUCCAGUUUGAGGAAGAAACAGGAUGCCCUGUUGAAGAUAUUACAUAACUUGUCAAUCACUGUCCUUGAAAAACGAAAAACUGAUUAUCUGAAGAAUAUGGAAACGUGUAAAAACGACAAAACAGGAGACUAA